UAGCAGAGUGGAGUCUCCAGCCUUAACUCGUCUGGGAACCUUCACUUUCCCUCACUGGGCUAAGGCAUCAUGAGUUGUCAGAUCUCGUGCAAAUCUCGAAGAGGAGGAGGAGGUGGAGGAAGAUUCCGGGGCUUCAGCAGUGGCUCAGCCGUGGUCUCUGGUGGGAGCCGGAGAUCGGCCACUAGCUUCUCCUGCUUGAGCCGCCAUGGUGGUGGCGGAGGGGGCUUCGGUGGAGGCGGCUUUGGCAGUCGGAGCCUUGUUGGUCUUGGAGGCACCAAGAGCAUCUCCAUUAGUGUGGCUGGAGGAGGUGGAAGCUUCGGCUCCGGUGGUGGAUUUGGUGGCAGAGGAGGUGGCUUUGGAGGCGGCAGCGGCUUUGGAGGCGGCGGUGGCUUUGGUGGCGGCAGUGGCUUUGGUGGAGGCAGCGGCUUUGGAGGCGGCGGUUUCGGUGGAGGCGGCUUCGGCGGCGGCCGCUUUGGAGGUGGCGGUGGCUUUGGAGGUUUUGGGGGUCCUGGUGGCAUGGGGCCUGGAGGAUUCCCUGGUGGAGGCAUCCACGAAGUCUCUGUCAACCAGAGCCUCCUGCAGCCUCUCAACGUGAAAGUUGACCCAGAGAUCCAGAAUGUGAAGUCUCAGGAGCGGGAGCAGAUCAAAACUCUCAACAACAAAUUUGCCUCUUUCAUUGACAAGGUGCGGUUCCUGGAGCAGCAGAACCAGGUACUGCAGACCAAAUGGGAGCUGCUACAGCAAAUGGACGUCAGCACCCGCACCACCAACCUGGAGCCCAUCUUUCAAAUGUACAUUGCCAAACUGAAGAAAUAUGUGGAUAUGCUCUCUGCAGAGAGAACAUCACAAGAUUCAGAGCUGAACAACAUGCAGGAUCUUGUUGAGGAUUUUAAGAAGAAGUACGAGGAUGAAAUCAACAAGCGCACAGCUGCUGAGAAUGAUUUUGUGACACUUAAAAAGGACGUGGACAAUGUCUACAUGACCAAGGUGGAGCUGCAGGCCAAGACAGAUGUGCUGAAUCAGGAGCUUGAGUUCAUGAAAUUCCUUUUUGAUGCGGAGCUGUCCCAGAUGCAGCAGAGUAUCACCGACACCAGCGUUGUCCUGUCCAUGGACAACAACCGCAGCCUGGACCUGGACAGCAUCAUCUCCGAGGUCCGUGCCCAGUAUGAGGAGAUCGCCCAGAAGAGCAAGGCAGAGGCCGAGGCCCUGUACCACAGCAAGUACGAGGAGCUCCAGAUUACUGCUGGGAAACACGGAGACAGCCUGAAGGAGGUCAAGAUGGAGAUCAGUGAGCUGAACCGCAUGAUCCAGAGGCUGCAAGGGGAGAUCGCCCAUGUGAAGAAGCAGUGUAAGAGUGUGCAAGAAGCCAUUGCGGAUGCGGAGCAGAAAGGAGAGCAUGCCCUCAAAGAUGCUCAGGGCAAGCUCUCUGACCUUGAGGACGCCCUGCAGCAGGCCAAGGAGGACCUGGCCCGGCUGCUGAAGGAUUACCAGGAGCUGAUGAACGUGAAGCUGGCCCUGGACGUGGAGAUCGCCACCUACCGCAAGCUGCUGGAGGGCGAGGAGUGCAGGAUGUCUGGAGACCUCAGUAGCAACGUGACUGUGUCUGUGACAAGCAGCACCGUGUCUUCGAGCAUGACAUCUAAGGCCGGCUUUGGCUCUGGAGGCAGAGGAUCCGGUUCUAGAGGAGGAGGAUACAGUUCUGGAAGUGGCAGUUACAGCUCUGGAGGCAGAGGAUCAAGCUCCCGAGGGGGCAGUGGAGGGGGCAGUGGAGGAGGCUAUGGCUCUGGAGGGGGCUCCAGAGGCGGAUCCAGCUCUGGAGGGGGCUAUGGCUCUGGAGGGGGCUCCAGAGGAGGAUCCAGCUCUGGAGGGGGCUAUGGCUCUGGAGGGGGCUCCAGAGGAGGAUCCAGCUCUGGAGGGGGCUAUGGCUCUGGAGGGGGCUCCAGAGGAGGAUCCAGCUCUGGAGGGGGCUAUGGCUCUGGAGGCGGCUCCAGAGGGGGCUCCGGCUCUGAAAAGGGUGGUUCUGGCUCAGGUGAAGGUUACAGUUCCAGCGUGACCUUCUCUUUUAGAUAAAGAUGGAGUCCUACUCUCGAUUCUGCCGCUUUAGAAUGUAGAAGCCUGUCUCUGUACAUCCCAUUGGCAGCAAAUCAAACCUUGUCCUCCACCCCUGAUGACAUUUUGGGGGAAAGGGUUGCUCACAUAUGGUUUUUGAAAUGUCUUCUCUCCGAACCAGUUGAUUGGAGCCAGUGACACCCUCUGCCCCCCGCCCCCCCCCCCCCCCCCCCCCCCCCCCCCCCCAGGAAGAAGCUGCAUCACCCAGGCUUGUACUUCCAGCCAUGCCCCCUUGCCUGGCCCUUCCUUGCAUUGCCCCUUUGGUGGUCCUCCUCCUGAGGACUACUCUGUUGAAGGCCCCAUCUCAAAGCCUGUGUCUUUCUCGUGGGCCUGCCCCCCAGGGAAACAUGUUUCUGUGUAUAUAGCUUGCCUUGUUGGCUUUGCAUCUAAAAUGCUGUGGUCUUGGUGUCUGCACAAUAAACUUCAUCUGCAAUUUA